AUGAUGAAUAAUAAUAUACUAGUUGACUCCGCCAGACCAAAAGUUUUACCGGGAGAAGAGUCUGUGCGAUCGUCUGAAGAUAACGCAUGUUUAGGUCAAAAAUAUAAAAACAGUUUUGAAAAUAAAUGUGUAAGAUGUCGCAAAACACAAACCGAAUUAUUAAUGGCUGGUUCCAAAUGCCGCACAUGCAGCAUUCAGGAACAUGCUGGAUGUGGUGCACGCCACGACUACGAACCAGCCGACGGUGAUAGUGGUGAUCGGGGAUCAUUAUCCCCAAAUGAUGGCCAGAACUCUGGGCCCAUGUUAUGGGCCCGUAACUUAGAUAGCUUGUUAGCUGAUCCUAACGGUGUAAAUCUUUUCCGGCAAAACUUGAAGCUGGAAGAAGAAACUGGACAAGGACAACAAUGCAGCAAGGUGCUUGAGUUUUGGCUAGCAUGUCAAGGGCUCUAUGGUCACACAGACCAAAAAGCUGAUAAGCUACGUUCUAUAAUUUACAAAAAACUGUUCCUAAAAGCAGAUUUAGGCGUAGAUGAAGAAUGUCGGAGGUAUGUCAUGCAGAGGGUUAAAGUAUCCACUGCCAACAAAACACCUCUUCCUAAAAAUCUGUUUGACGAAGCCCUUGUACAAGUAGAAAAAUUUCUAAAUGAUACACUGUAUCCGGCAUUCCUACAAUCUGAUACCUACAUCACUUAUAUUCGAUCACUGGAUUGUGGUAUUGAUUUUUAUGAUGGUAAAGUAGUGAACCACAUACCAGACACUGAAGAAAAAGUGGUGCCCUCAAGAUAUCAAGCACCUCCUGAUCGCAGUCAAACAUUGUUAACUCUUAAAGAAGAUGCUGAAUUAUCCAGCAAUGAACUUAAGCAAUCUAAAGACUUUCCCAUGAAAUUAACCCAGUCUCUUUUGCACAUGUCCCAAAAACAACGGUCUCAUCUGGAAAAAGGAGAGUUUUUACAAAGAGCAAAGACUUCAAAAAUGGGCAUCUACAACCCAAACCCUAGUACCCCUUAUCACCAAUCCUGGUGGGGUACAAAACCUAGAGCUACGCAUGUAUCUUACAAUCCAACUUCAGCUCAGGACAGUGAUCUGGCUAGUCUUAGCGAAGCGUCUGUUUCUACAGAUUGUUUAAGGAGGCAAUUGGCAGAGAUUCGUGAUCCAAAAAUAAUAGCCAAAAAAAGUGCUCAAUUAGAAAUGAAAGAAGUACAGAAAUAUGCUCGUAGGAAUGUUGAGGGUUCAAUGACUGCUACAAUCAUCCCCCGUACAAUGAGAGAACCCCAGUGCAAUAAACCAGCAAUGGAACCAAAGAUGUUUGCUUCUAUACUUACUGAAAAGUUAGAAAAAAUAAAAGUGGAACGUGAUAUUGAAGAGAAAUGGGAUAAUAAAAUGAUCAAAAAUCUUUCAGAGCUUAAGUUUGACAGCGAAUCUGGCAAAAUUGAUGAUCCCAAAAUGUUAGACGAAAUGUUUAGAGCAUCUUUAAAACUACCUGAGGGUAGUGACGAUGAAAUAUUAGAUCAACAUGUACAAAAAUACUUUAAAUCACCUCCUAAAUCACCUGAACAAUUGUUACACAGGCGACAAGGGUCAGGCAAAGUCAACCGGCCUGUUCAGCAAUUUGCCAGUACUUAUUUGGCAGCAGCUAAUCCUAAUUUGUCUAAACGCAGAGACAAAGAUAAUCGGGCAUCUGGGUACGACAGUGGUAAUUACACUGACUUUACAGCAGACAGUUCUGAACCGGGACGUCAUGUGCCUAAAAGUCGAUCUAUACCGGAUUAUCAAAAUUUUGUUCAAAAUCCAGAGCUCAGAGUGUCAAGUUUAGGACGUCAUACUUGGGGUAGCCGACGUACAAUGACUGACAGUGGAAUCAGUGUUGUAUCAGGACAAUCGCAAUUGCCUACCAAUGUCAACAAAACAAGAGAGGACAGGUCGACCAAUCGUUGCAUUGUAUGGCUUCAAGAGAGUCCAAUGUGUGGUGGUGAUGCACUUGCUGACUCAGGUCCAGCUUUUAGCUGGUGUACCGCGUCCGCUAAUACCACAACUACAAAAGCCUCUUCCCACGAUUGCGCCGACGUAGAUUGUGGUAGUAGUGGCUCCUGGACAAAUCACAUGCCCAAGCAGCCAUUUGUUGCCGACCCGAAUAUGCCACCACCACCUUUCCCCAAUACAGACAACCAGUUGAUAGAAGCCGGGCGUAGGCUCAACGACCAAAUGACGAAGAAGAAUCACAAACAGAGGACUUCUUCUUCAUCAUCUGGCCGUGGACUACCUGCAGAAGAAUCAGCUACACCGUCAACGUCUAGUACAAUAACAGCACCCCCAACCACAACUACUGUUAUGUACGAAUAUAACGAUGAAAAAUUCCCAUUCAGGAAGAGAAUAGCUGGUCAUCCAAUCACAUUAAAACAGUUUAUUGAAUGUAUGCCAAAGAAAGGACAUUACAGGUAUUUCUUUACUACUGAAUUUGAUGAAUCUCCAUCAACCCGCAUCCAAGAAGAAAUCACUGAUGACAAUCAGAUGUUGCCGCUAUGGAAGGGCAAAGUUAUGGCCAGCCUGAGACUUAUCGACUGA